AGGGCACAGCAUCAGCACCACGGCGGUCAGAGCGCAGCAGCAGCAGCAGCAGUAGCAACAGCAGCAGCAGCAGCAGCAGCUUCUUCUCCUCAGCAGCAGCAGCAGCGCACACAACAAGGCGGACAGGCUCGACCUAAAUUAUUUUAGUAGCGCAAUUAUCCGCAAACUCCCCCGAGGUGUUCAGCAGUCGGCAAAGGAAAUUAAUGAAGAAGGAGGGCGAAGUAAAUUACACGACUCUGGUGAGACAGAUGUUGGCAAAGUCUGCGUGAAUGUAGGCAGAAGAAGAAGAGGGGCAAAGUGUCCUGAACAGAGAUGUUCUUCUGUUGGACUGUUACAGCGGUGGAGGCUUUGUUGCCAUGAUUUCCUUCUGUGAAAACCUCAGCUGGUCACUCUAAAGGGCAUGUUAUUGACAGAAAAAUAUCUCUGCAGAGGGCUUAACUCAAGUCUGAUCCCGACUUGACUGCCACUGGUUAUGAAAAUCUGCACUCCAAGACUGAAACGGCAGGGGGUAAGAUGUUUGUGGAGUCAGUUGUUCAAUGGGGGGUUUUGAGUAUCUUGCUCCAGUUUGGACUCGGUGUAUCUGCAGGAAGCUGUCCUCCACGCUGUGUGUGUCGACCGGAGGCUAAAGAAGUCAUCUGCGCUGGCAAACAUUUAAAUUCAGUGCCUGAAGGCUUUUCCAGUGAUGCCAGACGUUUGGAUUUAUCCCACAAUAAGAUUAAGACUGUGGGACGCCGCCAGUUCUCUGGCCUCCCGCAACUUCAAGAGUUGGACCUCAGUGAUAACAUAAUCUCCAUGAUUGAGGUAGAAGCUUUCUAUGGCCUACAGAGUCUCAGGACACUUCGGAUUAGGAAUAACCGUCUCAAGAUCAUCCCAGUUGGGGUGUUUUCCGGUCUAUCCAGUCUGCGCUUUUUGGAUUUGAGCCAGAAUGAGAUUCUGGUUUUCCUGGACUACACCUUUAAAGAAAUGGUGAACUUGCAAAUUCUGGAAGCUGGGGAGAAUGACUUGGUCUUCAUCUCUCAGAGAGCUUUCUUUGGUCUGCAGAAUCUGCAGGAGCUCAAUAUAGACCGCAGUAACCUGACCUCCAUUCCCACUGAAGCAUUGUCCCAGCUCCAGAGUCUGACACGUCUUCGCAUGCAACGCCUCACCAUUUCCACACUGCCCAACAAUGCUUUCCGACGGCUCCACCGUAUGCGCAGCCUCCUGAUCACAAACUGGCCAGCGCUGGACACGAUGGCUGGCAACAGCCUAAUUGGUCUCAAUUUGACCUCACUUGUCAUCAGCAGUUGCAACCUCAGUGCUGUUCCUUACUCAGCACUUCGUCACCUAGUGUAUCUACGCUUCCUAGACCUGUCCUACAACCCCAUCACUGUUAUCCAAGGUAACCUGCUAGGGGACCUACUGAGACUCCAGGAGUUACACCUAGCAGGGGGGAGCCUGCUACGAAUAGAGCCGGGAGCCUUCAGGGGACUGGCCUACUUUCGCAUGCUUAAUGUGACGUCCAAUCAGCUCACUACUUUGGAGGAGAGCGCCUUCCACUCUGUGGGGAAUCUUCAAGUGUUGCGGUUAGAUGGGAAUCCCCUAGCAUGUGACUGCCGGCUUCUCUGGGUGGUCCGUCGCAGAUUGCGUUUGAACUUUGAUGGACAUCAACCCACUUGUUCCUCUCCUGAUGCAGUAAGACAGCGUGAAUUCAGAGACUUCUCAGAGAAGGAACUCCCGAAGCUGUUUACCUGCCGCCCCGCUCGUAUCAUGGACCGCAGGCCGCAGGAGGCUAGAGUAGAAGAGGGCACUACAGUUCUCUUUUCCUGUAAGGCCGAUGGGGAUCCAUUCCCAUCUAUCACCUGGAUUGCAUCCCAUAAGAAUGUGAUUUCUCCAACAGGAAGAAUCAGAGUUUUACCAAAUGGUACUCUAGAAGUACGUUUUGCCCAGGUUCAGGACAGCGGUACAUACCAGUGCCUGGCAGGAAACGCAGCUGGUAAUGACAGCCUAACUGUUGGCCUGUAUGUGAAGGGGCUCCCGCGUAAUCGAACCAUCCCUUUCUUCACAGAGGAGGGCUGGGUUGAGCCUUCAAAUUCCCAAGCUGCCAACUCCUCAGCUCAAAUGGCCAAGCCAUACCCGUUUGAUGCAAAGACCCUAAUCAUCGCCACCACCAUGGGCUUCCUGUCUUUCCUCAGCUCGGUGGCAAUCUGUUUUGUCUUCAUGUUUUUCUGGAGCCAGAGCAAAGGUCAAAUCAAGCACACAGCAACUAUUGACUUUGUUCCUCGGUCUUCCAUGGGUGGAGGAGGAGGGGAUGGAGGUGAUGGUGGCAGGUUUACUAUGAAACUUAUUUAAACCCAGUGAAGAGGUGAGAGGGGUCUUCAUAUUGACUGUGAGUUGUUCUGCACUAUGGACUUCCAUUGGGACAGACAAAGAUGGGGACCUCUGGUCUAAGGCCACUUUAGAAGUCAAAUCAGAGCCAGUUUGUUGCACUUGUGCCAGUCCUCUUCUAAUUUUAGAGCUGAAAGUUACAUCUCAGCAACCACUUGGCUGUGUUAUCUAACUAAUGAAUAUCUCAUGAUCCCGGAAUAGAAAGAUGUUAACAGAUUGUAGGCAGAGCUGUCUUAUGAUUGCUGUGCAUUUUGUUUUCAACCACUUGUACUUUAAAUAAGCAAAUACUUACUGAGCGCAGGUUACUUUUUUAUGUAGCAUGUAAUUAUAAACUGUUCUGAUUUUCACAGUUUGCAUCAUAGCACAUGAAUAGAGUUUGAAUUUGACACAUUAACACACUUUCAAGACAUACCCGGUGCUUGUUUAAUCAUCCAUAUUAUACUAAUGUUCUCACUUUUGUCUUCACUUGCCAAUACAAGCCAAGUAAACUUUUGCCCUUUGGACCCUCGGGUUUGCUAUUUCUGCUUAACCACGGAGGUUAAAGACUGUCGGUUCAGGACUGUCGGUUCAGGACUGGUUGUAAGAUUUUUAGAUGUGAAUAUAUGACUGUAAAGCUUUUGAUAUGUGCAAUAAAGAUAUGGAAUAGAUUAGCCAAAUAAUUUCAGAUUCUCAACUUAAUGGUUAAAGUUUGGAUAUUUUAGAGCUUUGUAGUUUGUUUUGAGGUUGCUGCACUGGAAAUGUGUUUUCUGUCAUGAGUACUACUUACUUUAAAUGAUCAUGUAGCAGUGCAAAGGGACUGAUAGUUAACCAUUAUGUACAUAGGAAUGUAUGCUUGCCCAUUUCAUACUUUAAAUAAGUUUUUUCAAGUCUGUCUGAUCUUUCUUUUGUUACAUAUUACCUUACUAUAUAAUUGGAUUAGGUGGCUCUGUCAAACAAUGUUAUGAUUUCUCAUUGUUUUUAUAUUCAAGAAACCACUUUCUUUUUUUUUUAACCCACACAAAAGACUGAAAAAUAUGUGCCUCAGUAACACUCUCACCAUCGACAGAGAGAAUGCUCACCUGAUCAAUGUUACCUUGUAAAUAUUUAGGUCAAGGGCGGUUGUGUGUGCUCGGUUUAUUCUAUCAUUUUAUCUAGUUCUGGGGAUUAGUGUCACUCAAAUAUGGCACUCUUGUUGUGUGUAAACUUAGCUGUGUAGAUGCACUACGCACAAAGCAAUGCUUUAUAUUGCCAGGAAAAGAGGAUGUAAAUGAUGCACACAUACACCACUGACUUGUUUGUUAUUUGCUAUCUUGUAAAUUCUUUUUUUUUCAUUUUAUGUCAUUAAAUGCCGAUAUUUAAACCUGC